AUGGUUACCGCCGUCGUGCCAGCCACUCUCCGUAUCCCUCACCGCAAUUAUACCGGGCCAGCUGGAGCGUCCCUGUACUUCGUGCAUCGGGGCAGCCGUGGCGUCCUGGAGCUGGAGGAGGCGCGGUCGCCGGCGGCGGCUGACGUCGCGGCGCCCGUGUCCGCCUCCGCGGCGCCGACGCCGGGCGCAGACUCGCCGUCCCCCGCCCCCGAGCCGGAGCACCUCGCGCCCGACGCCUCCGCCUCCGCAACGGUGCCUUCUUCUACGUCCUCGUGUUCCGCCUCCGACGAAGAGCGGGGGCGGAGCAGCGACGGAGGCGGCGGCGGCAGCGGCGGCCCCGUCCAGACAGACCCCGCCCUCUGCGCCGCCUCCGACGAUAGCCCCCCGGCGGUGGCCGCCACGCUGGGCCUUCAGGGACUGCUCAGGGUCCGCGCACUCGUGGCAGCGGCGGCCAUCGCCGCGUCGCCCGACCCGCCGGGCGCGGGGGCGGUGACCCCCGAGAGCGGGGGCGGCUCGGGGCCGGCCUCCUCCGCCUCCGUGUCCGCCGCCGCCGCCGCCGCGGUGGCCGCCGCCGGCUGCUGGGGCGGCGAGGAGCGCGCGCGCAUCGCCGAGUACCUGCAGCGCGCCGACACCGCCGUCAUCUUCCCCGAGCCGGUGGCCGAGCCGGGCGCCGAACCCGAGACCGCGGCCGCCCGCGCCGACGCCGAGAGCGCUACCGGCGCCGGCACGCAGCGCUGCGGGGCGCCUUGGGAUGCGCGGCGACGCCCGGCGUCGUCCGUCACGCCGGCGCCAUCGCUCAGCGACGCUCCUGAGGACGCGGGCCGCGCCCCGGCGCCCGCCGCCGCGACCACGCUUUGCUUUUAA